AUGCAGGAUGUCGUCAUCUAUACCAGUGGAUGCUUGAAUUCAGAGCAGCGUGGUAGUGACUUUCAUUGCGAGUUGGCAGAAUUUGUGAAGUCAACAGAACAGCGAUUACUUGCUCUUUCGCCUUCUACAUACAUUAAUGGCGAGACUAUUCUAGAAGCUUUGGCAAAGACCCUUCUCUGUAGUCGAGACUACCAGGAGCUUCUGAUAGAACCGGAAAUCAAGCUAGAAGCCGAGUACCAGAAAUAUCUGCAGAGCUUUCUGGCUGGCGUGGUCAACCACGAGCUUCCUUACGCAAGAGACUUUCGCUUAUCCUCAGCUCUCGUUGAAACUCAACUAUGCAUCACUGCCAGAGGAUACAUGUGUCUGGUUCCAAAAGAGAUCCAAAAUGGCGACUACAUCGGAGUUGCUUGUGGAUUACAGAUGCCAUUGGCAUUCCGAAGAGUUGGCCAAGAUGCCAAGGGGCAGCUGCAGUAUGAGCUUUACAGCGAAGUAUAUGUACAUGGCAUGAUGUGUAGCCAAACAUGGAACUUGAUGGAGGAUUUCAGACCAAAGCUUAGCGCUGAGGAAUAUGCUUUUCUAAACAGCGAACCGCCGUCCAAAGUUAUUCAGAGCCCCGGAACCUACAAAAAGCGCGAAAACUUCGAGUCAGCCCUUGAUAUCGGGAUGGGAGGUGUUGGAGAAGAUGACAAGUCCUACCGAGCGUUCUUAGCGCCUGGCGUUGCUCAUGUCUUUGGGGACACUGGUCCAGUCCCCAUCGAUCCCAUGGUUGCCGUAGUCGAUUGGGUUGAGAAAAGUAAAGCGCCUGACAGCAUCGACAGCGCCACAAGGGAUGAGGCUAAUGAGAGAACCACACGAAAGCUCUGCAAAUGGCCUGCAAGAGCUGGGUGCAAUGCCUUUGGGAUUUGCGGAGCGGCGUCAUCUUCACCGAUCUUGUCCACGACUGCAGUUCCGACUGCGACUUCGUCAGUUGCACCAGCACCCACCCAAAAGAUCUCCGUCGACGGAAGUUGUGGCAACGGAGUGACAUGCCUGGGUUCUUCAUUCGGUGAUUGCUGCAGUGCCUACGGAUGGUGUGGAAGCACCGCCGCAUUCUGUGCAACAGGCUGUCAAUCCGGGUUCGGAAAGUGCGAUACUCCUUCCACCAGUCCAGCUCCAACCACCACCUGUGGCGUCGAAGGCUUCGCUAAUGUCGAGGCAUACUACGCUUCUUCGUUCAACUUGAUCGAUGCGACGGAUGUCUCGACUUGUGCGACGCUAUGUUUGGCCGAAGCGGAAUGCAAGAGUUAUUUGUUCAACCCGAAGCUUGGAAAUUGCGCAUAUCUUAAGGAUUCGCUCGAGCAGGGAGAGUUCAUUGCUACAAGUGGCACGGAUCAGCUUUUCUGGGAGAGGGCUUGCGCUGAGGCCAAAAACCAUUUGCGAGAGCUUGUGGUGAUCAAGAGCGUUCUCGACCACCCGCGAGUGCAGAAUGAAAGAGAUGUACUCAAAAGAUUUCAGCACCGCGCUCCGUACCUCCGACCUUUGAUCGAUGAAAUCGACGAGCCGACUCUUCCUGUGACCAUCGCUCUUAAGUACUUGCAAGGAGAUUUUUUAGAGGCGUCCAUUGCAAGAACUUUGAAUAGACGAGAAUUGAAACACGUCUCGCGAUGCGUACUAGAGGCAUUGAAGACCUUACAUGAGGACGGUUUUGUGCACACAGAUGUCAAGCCAAACAACGUGUUCGUCAAUCUGCAAGAAGGCGACGUUCGAUUUUCCGACGUCCAACUAGGCGACUUAGGUGGAUGCUACCCGGCAGACUCAGAAUGGGCUACAUCAGGUACCGUAGUAGGAACACCUAUGUGGACAAGCCCAGAGAUUCUUAUGGAAUUACCCUGGAACACCGCAGCUGACAUAUGGUCUUUCGGUGCUAUGCUUAUCAGUCUUAUCUACGGUGGAAAUUUCAACCUUUUUCUGCCGAAAGGACUGACACGUGAAGACGAAGAGUAUGUGGUUGGGGUUGUUGUAGAGCAAUUCAAAUACUUCGGACCUUUUCCAGCCAAAAUUGAAGAGAUCGCACACCCAGAAACGGUCCAAUCUAUCAUUUUGCUCAUGGAAAAUAUCCCAAAAGAGAAGACGACGCCGUUUCGGCGAACAACCGAGAGAGAAGUAAGCCGGAAGGACAACAUCUUCAUAUCAAAGAUGAUGAAACUCGAUUGGAGAGACCGCCCAACUGCAAAAGAGUUACUGGAAGACGAAUGGUGGGACAGCGACGAGGAAUAG